CUCAUCGCUAACUCAUCCACCACAGCUUAGCUGCAACCACCAGUGAAGCACUCUUGAUCAACAAACUCUAGCUGAUCAGUGCUAGCUAAGCUUGCUACAUAGCAAGCCAUGGGUUACUCCAAAAACCUAGGGGCUGGCCUGUUUGCCAUGCUGCUCCUUGCUCCGGCCGUCCUGGCCUCCGACCCUGACCCUCUCCAGGACUUCUGCGUUGCUGACCUCGACGGCAAGGCGGUCUCUGUGAACGGGCAUCCAUGCAAGCCUAUGUCGGAGGCCGGUGACGACUUCCUCUUCUCGUCCAAGCUGGCCAAGGCUGGCAACACGUCCACCCCGAAUGGCUCUGCUGUGACGGAGCUCGACGUGGCCGAGUGGCCCGGUACGAACACGUUGGGCGUGUCCAUGAACCGCGUGGACUUCGCACCAGGGGGCACCAACCCGCCGCACAUCCACCCGCGCGCUACCGACAUUGGCAUCGUGAUGAAAGGUGAGCUCCUCGUUGGUAUCCUCGGCAGCCUCGACUCUGGGAACAAGCUCUACUCCAGGGUGGUGCGUGCUGGAGAGACGUUCCUCAUCCCACGCGGGCUCAUGCACUUCCAGUUCAACGUCGGUAAGACACAUGCCUCCAUGGUCGUCUCCUUCAACAGCCAGAACCCCGGAAUCGUCUUCGUGCCGCUCACGCUCUUCGGAUCCAACCCGCCCAUCCCCACACCGGUGCUCACCAAGGCUCUCCGGGUGGAGGCUGGGGUCGUGGAACUUCUCAAAUCCAAGUUCGCUGGUGGGUCUUAAUUCCUGGGAGCCAGCCCUGAAAUGAUCAAUAUAUAAUUCGAUAUAUGCAUGCUGGCGAAAUUUAAUGAUUCUCUGCAGAAGACAUGUAUUCAAGCUUCUGGUUAAGCUCCAUGCAGUUGUAUUAUCGACCGAAUGUGCUGGUGGCUGUCAACCGUUGGGCCUGGACGAGCGAGUGCAAUGUGUGUUGCUAUUUCAACCUUUGUUUAUUUUUUAACACAGUAGAUACAUAGACUUUUUUACGUAUGUACAUACACUCAUCUUUAUGAAUGAACGCAUGCAUGCCCUAUUUCUAUUAGCA